GGCCCAGGGCGGGGGUUGCGUGUGGCUCAGAGGCUGAGGGACUGGCCUGACUGCCUGCCCGUCCCCGCCUGGCCCAGCCUAUCUCAGUGUCAUCUUCUGGCCCUAUCAUCCGUUGCGGGUUCCCAAACGUUAGACUCCAUGAUGGGGACGCCUUAAUAAAUGUCUGUGACGUGAAUAAAUUAAUAAAUGAAUGAGAGUGAAUGUUUGGAUUCCGGCCCCAACAGAGCUUCCUGAGAUCCCACAGUCGCUGACAAAGCCCUCACUACCUCUCACUGCUCCCUAGUUAUUCCCUCAGGGCUCCAUCCACCUCCAGCCAAAUCCGUGAGAGAGGAGUGUUCCUCCUCAGAGAUCCCGGCACUCAGGCAUCCAGUCAAGAAAGACCAGCUCCUCUCACAGAAGCCUUGGACUCCCCGGAGUGGGCUAGCUGCCAAGGCAGAGACACAGCCUAGGUGUCACGUGCCCAGACUGGAGAGAGGGCCAAAGAGCCUUUCCCCAUUCACUGGAGCCUGGUGCCACCCAGGCUAGUGUGAACCAGCUCCUUGGGACUGUGCUGGAGGAGCUUAGCAAUAAUUCAGGGGCUCCAGCUCUUUAGAACAAACUGUUGCCAGGAAACAAGGAGACAAGCACGUGCAUCCCUGGGGAGAGAGAGUCAGUUUUCAUUUCAGACAAAGUAGUGAAAUGUAAGCCCAGGUGGCCUGCUGGGGGCCUGGGGACCCUCCCUCUCCAGUUCAUGGAGGCUGAGUAGGCACACAGGGCAUGGGUCCGCUGAGGGUGCAGCUGGCAUGGCUGCAGUCACAGGGGCACAGCGUGGGUCCUGGGCCCAGAUACGUUAUGAAUGGAAAAGAGAAUUUUUUUUCCUGGAGCCAUUCCAAAAGAUCACCCCCCUAGGCCCAGGAAGGAGGCUUCUAUGGAAAGGGAUGUCUUCAUUAUUCUUGGCCAAUAUGGGUCAAGGAAGGGGCUGAGGUGGCAGAAGCCCUCACCCACACCCACCCCAGACUCCACUGGAUUGGGUUCACCAGCUGGGGACUCUGCCAGCAGAGGAAGCUGGUGCAUCUUUAAUGAAGUCACCCGAUCCCUGGGCAGGCUCUCAAGCUUGCCAAGUUCUUGGAGCCAGUUCUAGUGGGUGCCCACUGAGCCAACCGCCUUCCUGUGCCUGGGUGCUAGACCUGUUUCCCCUGCAGCCAUGAACCAGGCUUUCUGGAAAACCUACAAGUCCAAAGUGCUACAGACCCUUAGUGGGGAAUCUGAGGAGGACCUGGCAGAGGAGAGGGAGACUCCAGUGUUGGUGACGUCUGAGACGGCAGAACCAGCUGAAGAGGCCUUCAAUCCCGUGUCGCAGCUGGCCCGCAGGGUUCAGGGAGUCGGGGUGAAAGGUUGGCUGACAAUGUCAUCUCUGUUUAACAAAGACGAUGAGGACAAGCUGCUGCCACCGGAGCCCUGUGCAGACCACCCCUUGGCGGCGCGGCCCCCCUCGCCAGCAGCGGCUGAGGCGGAGCCGCGCGGAUCCGGCUUCUGGGACGCGUUCGCCAGCAGGUGGCAGCAGCAGCAGGCGGUAGCAGCGUCCGUUCUGCCCAGCGCAGAGCCCACCCAGGAGCCGGACCCCGAACCCGGGGACGAGGCCGCAGAGCGCCCGGAGCCGCGGGAGGCCGACCCUGCAACCGGUUUCAAGUGGGGCUUCCUAACCCACAAACUGGCCGAGAUGAGGGUGAAGGCUGCGCCCAAGGGCGACUAGCCGGCCGGCGGAACUGGGUGCCUGCUCCUCCCUGCACCCAUAAAAGCCCCUGGCCCGAUACUCCUUGUGCUGCCUCCUUUUGUCCAGACAUCGGGGAAGGCUGCUUUUGGGUGGGUCGGCCCCCGGGCGGGGUCCAGCCAGAGGGGCCCUCACCUUCCCCAACAAACAAACAGGGAGAAAAUGAAUGACCAGAGACAGACAGAUAGUUAACGUUUCAGAAUAGAUAGUGCUAAAGUUAAGGUACAACUUUCCAAGAAGCUGGGGGGCCCCAGAGGACGGGUUCCAAUCCCCUGACCGGCCUCUUUGACUUCAACAAAUGUUGCCUGUGGCCCUACUAUGUGCGCGGUCUCCGUACUGGGAUAAAGGCAGAGACUAAAGGAACUCAGAGUACCAGUGGCUCCCAUACAAGGUGACAAAGCUCAAGUUGAGCCACAGAAAUAGUGGCGCUCAGAGAAGGUGAGGGGGGCUGGGGAAUUCAGGAAGACUUCCUGAAGGAGAAUAUAUUUAAUCUUAAAAGGAUAAAUUGAGAAGGGAAAGGUAACCCAGGCAAAAAGAGAAAGAGCCUGAACACAGUCCUGGAGAUGAGAACGUGUGAGGAAGAUAGGUGACCUUGUAUGUGCUUGUGGGAAAGGAGGGAGUGGCUGAGAGGCUGCCUUUUGGCAAGAUCUUAGUUUAAACGGGUCCCUUCUUUCGUUGCCCCCAACUCCUGAUUCGCCGCAUCUCAGUCCUUCAUACCUAGUGACACAAGGGGGCAGUAGAGCUCCGGGAAUGGGGGGCAUUUUAGAAGUCCGUGAGCUCUAAAGACUGGGUGGGGACCCCAGAUUUCUGGAGCACACCCCUCUCUAGGAUUCCUCAAAUGUUCAGUUCCCAGCUACUAGGUCUAGUUGGGACCAACUUGGAGUCCGUGGAGGAGAUAAUCAUAAUACUUAUUGCUGUGGAGUCGAUUCAUACUCAUAGCGACCUUAUAGGACAGAAUAGAACUGCCCCAUAGGAUUUCCAAGGAGCGGCUGGUGGAUUCCAACUGCCCACCUUUUGGUCAGCAACAGUAGCUCUUAACCACUGCGCCACCAGGGUUCCAAAAGCCCACUGCUCUCCAGUAGAUUGUGGCUCAUAGCAACCCUAUAGGACAGAGUAGAACUGCCCCAUAGGGUUUCUAAGGCAGUAAUCUUUAGGGAAGCAGACUGCUACAUCUUUCUUCUAGUGAGUGGCUGGUGGGGCCGAACCUCCAACCUUUUGGUUAGCAGCCAAGCGUUUAGCCACUGUGCCACCAAGGCUCCUUGAAAUCUGUUGCCAUCCUGACGACUCCGACUGAUAGUGGCCCUGUAGAAUAGAGUAGAACUGCCCCAUAGGGUUUCCAAAGAGCGGCCGGGUGGAUUCCAACUGCCAACCUUUUGGUUGGCAGCUGAGCUCUUAACCACUGCGCCACCAGGGCUCUUUGAUCAUAAUGCUGUAGUAUUGGUAUUAAUUCGGUAGUUUGCCGUGUGUUUUACAACCGUUGCAAAAUACUUAAAAAUCAUCUUCCUCCACCCCCCCCCUUUUUUUUUUAACCGAGAGGUGCAUCUGCGGCUUGCAGACGUUAAAUGCUUGCCCAGGGUCACAGUCAGCCCAGUUCCCACCCGUUUAAUCACGCGCAAACCCGCCCUGCCCCCUUCUUCAACAUCUGCCCCCGAUCUAACCACACGACCCAUUUAAAAUAACGUUUUAACUUUAUUCAGCAGUUCUCUGCUCUUCCACUCUAGUCAUUACUCUCCAGGUCCGGCCUCCACAGAAGUCCCUGCGCCGCCUGCCCCGGGAAGAGCCUUCGGGAUCACUUUGUCCAAUCUCCCCAAGGUUCUGAUGGGAAAAUGGAGACUCAGAGGGAAGGGCUUGCCCAAAGGUCUCCUGUGCGUCUGAGGCAGGGCG